GGAACCUCUGAGGAGGGAAACGAGACAAUUAGGAACACUUGCGGAAGAAAUUCUAAAGAGAAAAAUAAGAGACAUCCAAGAGAGACUUUCGGUUACCCAGGAAGAUCUACACAGCAGCUCUGGAGAAAGCCCCUUCUCCAAAAAUGGAUACAUUUCAUCUUCUCUGGGUUUCUUUAGCUCUCAGCUUUUCAGGACCCGGAGUGAUAGGAGAAGCAGGACUACCUUGUGGAGGGCGUUUGAAUUCCAAAGAUGCUGGCUAUAUCACCUCCCCUGGCUAUCCCCAGGACUACCCCUCCCACCAGAACUGUGAGUGGAUCGUUUAUGCUCCAGAACCCAACCAGAAGAUUGUCCUCAACUUUAACCCCCACUUUGAAAUUGAAAAACAUGACUGCAAGUAUGACUUCAUUGAGAUUCGUGAUGGGGAUAGCGAAUCUGCAGACCUCCUGGGAAAACACUGUGGGAACAUUGCCCCUCCUACCAUCAUCUCAUCAGGCUCAGUGCUCUACAUCAAGUUCACUUCUGAUUAUGCACGGCAGGGUGCCGGCUUCUCUCUACGCUAUGAGAUCUUUAAGACAGGUUCUGAAGAUUGUUCAAGAAACUUCACCAGUUUGAAUGGCACCAUUGAAUCCCCUGGGUUCCCCGAUAAGUACCCACACAAUCUGGACUGUACCUUCACUAUUAUAGCCAAACCCAAAAUGGAGAUCAUUCUUCAGUUUUUGACUUUUGACCUGGAGCAUGAUCCAUUACAAGUGGGAGAAGGUGACUGCAAAUAUGAUUGGCUCGACAUCUGGGAUGGCAUUCCUCAUGUGGGUCCCCUGAUUGGCAAGUACUGUGGAACUAAGACUCCUUCAAAGCUCCGAUCUUCAACUGGUAUCCUCUCUCUCACCUUCCACACUGACAUGGCAGUAGCCAAGGAUGGUUUCUCUGCACACUACUACUUAAUCCCUCAAGAAACUCCUGAAAACUUCCAGUGCAAUGUUCCUCUGGGGAUGGAAUCUGGCAGGAUCUCCAAUGAACAGAUUAGUGCCUCUUCUACCUACUCUGAUGGGAGGUGGACUCCCCAGCAGGGUCGGCUGCAUGGUGACAACAAUGGCUGGACCCCCAAUGUGGACUCCAACAAGGAAUAUCUCCAGGUGGACCUGCGUUUUCUGACUAUACUUACAGCCAUUGCAACCCAGGGAGCCAUCUCUCGGGAAACACAGAAUGGCUACUAUGUCAAAUCCUACAAGCUGGAAGUCAGCACUAAUGGUGAAGACUGGAUGAUGUACCGGCAUGGCAAAAACCAUAAGGUCUUUCAAGCCAACAAUGAUGCAACUGAAGUAGUUUUGAACAAGAUUCAUACUCCGGUGCUGACUCGGUUUAUCAGAAUCCGCCCUCAGACCUGGCACACGGGCAUCGCUCUGAGGCUUGAGCUCUUUGGCUGCCGAAUUACAGAUGCUCCCUGCUCGAAUAUGCUGGGAAUGCUUUCUGGCCUGAUCGCAGACUCCCAGAUCACAGCCUCCUCCACUCGUGAAUAUCUCUGGAGUCCAAGCGUGGCCCGUCUGGUGAGCAGCCGCUCAGGCUGGUUCCCCCGCAUCCCACAGGCUCAGCCUGGGGAAGAAUGGCUGCAGGUGGAUCUGGGAGUGCCCAAGACAGUGAAAGGGGUCAUCAUCCAGGGAGCUCGAGGUGGGGAUUCUAUCACUGCCGUGGAGGCCCGAGCUUUUGUGCGCAAGUUCAAGGUGUCAUACAGUUUGAAUGGAAAGGACUGGGAGUACAUAGAGGAUCCAAGAUCCCUACAACCUAAGCUCUUUGAAGGGAACAUGCAUUACGACACUCCAGACAUCCGAAGGUUUGACCCCGUUCCUGCCCAGUACAUUCGGGUAUAUCCAGAAAGGUGGUCACCAGCUGGGAUCGGGAUGCGCCUGGAGAUUCUGGGCUGUGACUGGACAGAUACAAGACCCACAGUAGAAACCCUAAGACCAACUUUGAAGAAUGAAGAGACAACCACCCAGUAUCCUACAGAUGAGGAAACCACGGAUUGUGGCGAAAACUGCAGUGCUGAAGAUGAUAAAGAUUUUCAGCCUCCACCAGGCUUCAACUGCAACUUUGAUUUCAUGGAGGAAAGCUGUGGUUGGCUCUAUGACCAUGAAAAGUGGCUUACAAGCACCUGGACUGGCAGUUCAAGUCCCAUUGAUAGUGCUCCCUCAGAUGGCAGGAACUAUUUGAGGCUCCAGAGUAACGGAAGGAGAGAGGACCAGCACGGCCGGCUCAUCAGCCCUGCCCUCUACCUGCCCAGAAGCCCCGUCUGCAUGGAAUUCCAGUACCAAGCCACAGGUGGCAACGGCAUCGCCCUGCAAGUGGUUCGCAAGGCGAGCCAGGCCAGCAAGCUCCUCUGGGUCAUCCGGGAAGACCAAGGCAGCGAGUGGAGACAAGGAAGGAUCAUCUUGCCGAGUGAUGAAAUGGAGUAUCAGAUUGUGUUCGAGGGAAUUCUAGGCAAAGGACGCUCUGGAGAGAUUGCCAUCGAUGAUAUCCGGAUAGGCACUGAUAUCCCUCUAGAGAACUGCAUGGAACCUAUCACAGCUUUUCCAGUGGAUAUCCCAGAAAUACCGAGAAUUUUCAGUAGCGAGGGAUAUGAAGAUGAUGAUGAAGAUGAGUAUGAAAUCGACUGGAGCAAUUCCUCCUCUCCGACAACUGGUCCAGCCCUUCCCAAAGAGGACAGGGAGAAGAGCUGGCUGUACACUCUGGACCCCAUCCUGGUGACCAUCAUUGCCAUGAGCUCCCUGGGGGUCCUGCUCGGGGCCAUCUGUGCCGGUCUACUUCUCUACUGCACAUGUUCCUACACAGGGCUCUCGUCCCGAAGCUGUACCACCCUGGAGAACUACAACUUUGAGCUCUACGAUGGCAUCAAGCACAAGGUCAAAAUAAACCACCAGAAGUGCUGCUCGGAGGCAUGACUGAUUGCACCUGAAUCACAUCUGACGUUUCAUUCCAGCCAGAGUGGCUGGUGAAGAUUACUUUUUUUUUCUAUGGGAACUGAAUGCCAUAAUCUCGAACAAAACGGAUCCAGAAUACAGACAGUGAGGGCAAAGCAGACUGGGGGAGUGGAAGUAGGGAAGAGGCAGGCGUGGCCCAUAGGGGAGACUGGCUCCCACCCAGGACCACAGUGGCCGAGUCAUGACUGUAAUGAGGACUUGCUCUCUGCUGGGACAAGGACAGCAGCUUGACUCUUGGGAUUUUGAUUUUUGCCUUUUGUUUGAGGAUUUUCUUAAAAAGAAUUUUUUUUUUAAAAAAAAUGUUUCAUCUUGGAAGGACUCAAAGAAGUAGAAGAAAAGAAUGACCUUUGUGGUGUGAGAAGUACAGAUCGUUCCUCCCCACCUUCUUUUCCUAAUCGGUGGUUGAAAGGCGAGGGAUUUUUCAGCUGGUCUAUCUUUAGAAAUAAAACACAAAGAGCGAGAGCCGUCCAGCUUAUCCCCUUCUCAGAUAGGCUUGUGAUUUAAGGGAUUUGUUACCAGGGCAGGUUCUGCCAACCGAGCCUGUGUGCUGCCGUUUCCCGUCAGUCCUAGAACUGAAAUUGAAUGUUGUUGCCUUUAACUUUUCUUAUCCAGGGGAAAAUUGCCGUUUGAGGGUCAGCAGAAACAGCAGCUCUUCCUUAUGUGCGAUUCAAAACAAAACAGAAAGGAAACUUCACAAGUCACAAUCCAUAGGAGCACCUCCUUGGGAGCCGCUAAAGGGCCUUAAAGUGCUUUGUGAACAGGAGCCAUUUAUUAAAUCCAGAAUCGAGUCUGUCGUGAUGGCCGAGGCCUUCCUGACAAGGCCUCUCUGGAUGUUGCUUUUGGUUUUUUAGGUUUUUUUUUUUUUACUUUCUUUCUUUCUUUUCCUUCUCCCUUGUUCUUGUAAAAAUGAAACCGCCACAGACAAAGACACCCUUCCAAGGCCCAGGAGAUAGCUUUGUUUGAUAUUCUUGGGAGGAAGGCGAUGAGAAUACAAGCAAUUAUUAUUUUCUCUAUUAACAAGACACAGAGUAUGGUGACCACCAGAAUUCAAGUAAGUUAGGGCUGGAAAAGAGACAUCAAACAUUAUCUAGUCCACCUCCUUCAUUUGACACAGGAGGAACUUAUGGCCCAGAAAGAUUAUGUACCAUAUUGAAGGUCACACUUUAAGCUUGUUAGUAGUAGUAGGGCCAGGAAUAGAAACCUUGGGGGAUUUUUUUUGACUCUGUCGGGUGCUUGUUCAGCUACACCAUGGUGCCUCCUGACUAGGUAGAAAGGGGGAGAAAGUGAGAGAGAAAGAACAGUUGAACCUCUGUUCUCCUAUAGUCAAGUAGGAAGGGUUGAGGGGACAACCCUAGGGAGACAUUUUGGUUAAUUAAUCCCUUCUCUAAGCUCUGAGCCCUGAUUUCUGCUGUGGAUUAUAGCUGCCACAGCCUUGGCUUUCCUAAGGAAUCAAAGUUACGUUAUAGGAGAUCCUGCCAGAGGUUAGCAGGAAGUGUGAACCAAAAUAUUAACACCUCUACUUCAUCCUCCCCCACCCCUCGCUACAGGAUACAUUCAGCUUCUUACUCAUUCUCAUACAUACACUUGUUGAUUUAUGAGUUUUUGUUAUCAAGUGCCUUGAAAAGUGAAGAAGAAAAAAAAAAGUAUUUUUUCCCUCUAUCUAGAAAUCCAUGCUAUAUCAUACAAGAAAGGCCUUCAUCCUUCCCUGGCCCAGCUGCUUCUUCUCUGAACUCCUCUGGACUCUCCACCGAGCUCCAUUAAUGGAAUAAGAUCUGCCAAGAUGGCUGAAUGGGUCACUAGUUAUAGCCCUCCAUGUACCUCACCUGGCUGCAGAAGGGGAGGGUAGGCAGAGGAAAGGUUGUCCAAAUCAGAGCAGCUUGACUUUAGGCUUAAAUUAAUGUGUAGGAAUUUUCCUGUUUGCAGGCAACACUCAUCCAAAAAGCCAACCACCAUACCCAGCUUAUCACAUAUGAAUGGUAAAACUCGUCAGACCAUUUUUGCUGCUACUAUCAUGUACAAUUUCAUUCGUCUCACACCCAGGCUAAAGGGGAAGGGUGAAUGGAACAAAUCCGUUCCUAUAAAUGUUAACUUAUGGACCUGAUAGUUAAAAUGGUAUUGUCACAGUGUAUUGUAUGCAUACAGAGAGUGAGAGUUCAUAUCUACAUAUAUUUAUACAUAUAUGUGUGUGUUUGCGCGCGCAUGUGGAUUCUCUGUAUGUACCGUGUAUGUGAAUGGUCACGUGGGACUAAAUAGUGUUAAUGUAAAUUUGAUCUAGGGCAGGAGAGUACUGCUGUUCUUGGCGUUAAUUUGGCACAGUGUUAGUUAAUGGUGAAGUGCAAAGUUAUUAAGCCCACAUGCUUAGCUUAACACUACCCUAUGAGCAGGGCACGCAGAAAUAAGUAUCUAGUUCAACCCAUCCUUCUCUUCUCUCUGCAGUCAGGCCUUCAGGGCCUCAGGUAACACUGGUUAUAGGAGGGAUGCUGGGGAAAUAAGGAAGCACCCGAGAACAUUUCCGGACAUCUUGAAGACCAAGAUUUCCCCACACCUAUUUCUGUGCUAACUGUCCCUCUCAUGGCCUGGUUGAUGGGGCACUUGGCUCCCGUGCCGCCUCAUUCCAGGUCUGCAGUUCAUCUCUGAGUUGUACACAACAGAACAUGCAUCCACUUUAAGAGUCCCACAUUCAUAUUUCCCAUCAGCUGGUACAGGGAAUCUGACUGUGCUCAAAAUGCCGAGCCAGAGCAGGCCAUCCAGUGCUACAGUGUGUAAUUGUUCACUCGAACAGGGAAAACUAAAGUAAACAUUGGUGCAUUCAAUUCAUCGUUCUCUCUCUCUGCAGUGAUGCUUUGCUCAUCCUCCUUAGUGGGAUAAACCCAACCAACAGUAUUGACACAAUUUUAUGCCUUGUACUGAAUGACCUAUUACCUCCACGCUCUCAUGGACUGGGUGGGCAGAAGGGCCAUGUGUUUGCUUUCUCCCUUUGGUGGGAAGGGGGUUGGUGGGGGUGGGAAGCUUAGGGAUGAGCAUGGGGUGGGAGAGGGGGAAAAAAGUUAAGGAAACCGUGGCUUAACUUUUUCAAGGCUCACAGUCGAAGGUGUUUGACCAUUCAUCGACUGAGCCAUAUCAUAAGGGACUUGAGAGCUUUUACUGUGAUUCUCCACAAGGUUAAAAAAAUAAACUUCAACAACAAACUGUGUUUAUAUGAUUUGUAUAAAGCCUUUUUAAAAUUACUAUUUAAAUAAACAGUAUACCAGGGA